AGUGCGGUGUUUGUCUGCCGGGCUGACGGGCGGCCGGGCAGUGCGCGGCGGCGGCGGCGGCGGCGGCGGCGGCGGCGGGAAAGAUGGCGGCGUCCUCCCUGGAGCAGAAGCUGUCCCGCCUGGAAGCAAAGCUGAAGCAGGAGAACCGCGAGGCCCGUCGGAGGAUCGACCUCAACCUGGAUAUCAGCCCCCAGCGGCCCAGGCCCAUUAUUGUGAUCACUCUAAGCCCUGCUCCUGCCCCGUCCCAACGAGCAGCCCUCCAGCUCCCACUGGCCAAUGAUGGCGGCAGCCGCUCACCAUCUUCUGAGAGCUCCCCACAGCAACCCACACCCCCUGCCCGGCCCCGUCACAUGCUGGGACUCCCAUCCACAUUGUUCACACCCCGAAGCAUGGAGAGUAUCGAGAUUGACCAGAAGCUGCAGGAGAUCAUGAAGCAGACAGGCUACCUAACUAUCAGGGGCCAGCGCUACCAGGCAGAAAUCAAUGACCUGGAGAAUUUGGGGGAGAUGGGCAGUGGCACCUGUGGCCAGGUAUGGAAGAUGCGCUUCCGGAAGACAGGCCACAUCAUUGCUGUCAAGCAAAUGCGACGCUCGGGAAACAAGGAAGAGAACAAACGGAUCCUCAUGGAUUUGGACGUGGUACUCAAAAGUCACGACUGCCCCUACAUUGUGCAGUGCUUUGGGACCUUCAUCACCAAUACAGAUGUUUUCAUUGCCAUGGAGCUCAUGGGCACCUGUGCUGAGAAGCUGAAGAAGCGGAUGCAGGGUCCUAUACCUGAGCGGAUCCUGGGCAAGAUGACAGUAGCAAUCGUGAAGGCUCUCUACUACCUGAAGGAGAAGCAUGGCGUGAUCCACAGGGACGUCAAGCCUUCCAACAUCCUUUUGGACGAACGGGGCCAGAUCAAGCUCUGCGACUUUGGCAUCAGUGGCCGCCUUGUCGACUCCAAAGCCAAAACACGGAGUGCUGGCUGUGCUGCCUACAUGGCACCUGAGCGCAUUGACCCCCCUGACCCCACCAAGCCAGACUAUGACAUCCGGGCAGACGUGUGGAGCCUAGGCAUCUCCCUGGUGGAGCUGGCAACAGGACAGUUUCCCUACAAGAACUGUAAGACAGACUUUGAGGUCCUCACCAAGGUCCUGCAGGAAGAGCCCCCACUCCUGCCCAGUCACAUGGGCUUCUCGGGGGACUUUCAGUCAUUCGUCAAAGACUGCCUUACUAAAGAUCACAGAAAGAGACCAAAGUAUAAUAAGCUACUUGAACACAGCUUCAUCAAGCGCUAUGAGACGCUGGAGGUAGAUGUGGCAUCCUGGUUCAAGGAUGUCAUGGCGAAGACCGAGUCACCGAGGACUAGUGGAGUCCUAAGCCAACACCACCUGCCCUUCUACAGGUAGCCAUGUGGCGGCAGCCAGCCCCACUGAGGGGCCCAGAACGUGGCCACAGGCCCCCUCUUCCCUACAUGGCCACCCAGCUGCCCACCAGGGGAGACCUGGGAACUGGACGGCCUCCAAGGGCUGAGGACAGAAAGUAGGGGAUGCUAACCCAACCCUGAGUCCCUACCCAGCAGACAUGGACAAAUGGGCCCACUAGGCUCUAGCCCUAGCCCUGGGGUCAGCCGGCUAUACAAGUUCCCCAACAGACACUGUGAACGGAAGACAGCAGGCCACAAGCAGACUUGCUAUUUAUUCAGUUGUAACCUCUGGGCUAGGGUGGCCACGGGGGGCCAGGAGAGAGUCAUCCUUUCUGCAUUCUCACACACUUACCCAUGCUGUCCCUUCCGCCUUUUGUGGUACAUAUGCUCCCUGUCCCCAUCUCCCUCUGUCACCUCUUUUGAUGCCUCUCUGGUUUUCCCUGUCUCCCUUCCUGCAUCUGCCUCUUUCCUGACCCACACCCAGGCUCUGUUUGUUACCCACAGCAGGACCCCUCGGUCCACCUAGGUCUGUGGCGAGUGAUGAGUCCCUUGGCUGGCAUCAUCAUCCCAGGAAGGCGGGCUGGGCAUUGUGACUGAAGCUGACCCAGGCUGCUCACACUCUCUUGCUCUCUCUCUCCCUCUCCCUUUACCUCUACCUCUCCCUCUCUCUUUGAUCUCAGGGGGUCCUUUUUGGAGUUUAUUUUAUUGUACUUGGUGGGGUGUUUGGGGGAUGGGGGAAGAAGAAGAGCUUGUUCUCAUGGGGUUUGUUAGUACCUUCAGAAACUUUUACCAAAGUCAUAUUUAGCUGCUUGUGAUAUAGCCCUCAACCUCCCAUGGGCAUUGGGAGACUGGAGCCAGGAGUCAGGCACGGGCAUGGGCCACUGUGCCUUGUCAGGCUGACCUAGAGAGACUAGUUCCAAAGGUGGGUGCUGGGGGUGGUGGCUCCUCCCUUCAGGCUGGAGACUCACAACUUGGGGUGAGUUGAGGACCUCAGGCCAUGUGGAAGGAGCCCACGGGGCCAUGGCCACACAGUGGCCUUCAGGGAAGACAGGUAUGGGGCAUGGUGGAAGGCAAUAAAUGCUGGUAUGGCAGGGAGGAAGUGAAUGACAGUAGUGGGGGCCACAGGGCCCAAGGAGGCAGGGAUUGAGGGUAUAGGGAAUUGAUGUGGGGGUUUGAGGAUGUGUGACAGGGACAGAAGAGAGGCAGGCUGAGGGCUGGGGUUGCAAAGGCAGUCACGCUCUCACAGUGCCCCGAGCACCCCUCAAACCUCCCCAGAGCUGGCCAGUCCCCAGUCCACUUUGAGGCUAGGCCAUGGGGCCCCUCUCCCCCCCAGCCCUCAGCAGCAGUCAGACCAGGAAGGGAUGUGUUUCCUUUUUUUGUUGAUGAUGCAUGCAAAUCAGUGGACACACACACACACACACACACCAACCAACCAAUGCCAAAGGUGAUUAACCUCCCUGGAUGUAGCUGGAGCAAUCUACACUCAGCAUAGGCAUCACUGUAACCUCUCUCUCUCCUAUUGACGCUUGUUACUCAUAACAUAGUCACAAUAGGCCGCAUGUUUAAAAAGUACUCCUUGUCUUCUCUCUGCUCCCUCACUCCAGGGAGGGAGAGCAGCCACUUCUCUUGCCCACAUCCCCUUUGUGACUGGAUGGGGUGGGUGUGGGGGCAACAGGCCUGGCUCCACCCUUGGGGUGUCCCAACCACGGGGCUUUUGCCCAUAACCAGAAGGUUGAGUGUCUGGCUUCAGGGCCAGCAAAGGCCAGAGGCCACUGCCCAGGUUUAUUUUUAUUUAACUUAAUUUUGUUUCAUGAGUGUGUGUCUGCCUGCCCCUCUCCUUCAGUGUUAAGUGGGAGCCCUGGGGGAGCCUUAUCUCCCCCCCUGCCUCUACCCUGUUUCCUCCCUCUGUCUCCAGUCACCAGCCAUUCUUCUGGACCAGGCAGAGGGUUGAGCGGGCAGGCAGGAGCCUGGGGCAACUUGGCCCAGCCCACUAGUCCACAACCCCUUCUCAGGCUGCCAGUAUUCCCCUUUCUCUUUUUAAAAUGAAACACCCUUGUUUGUAAAUCCUUAGAUGCUUGAGAAUAAAACCCCUCCCUUUUCUUCCUCUGAGUCUGUGGUGUUACCUGAGCUUUGGCAGGAUGUGGUGUGAGAUGUGGGAAAGGUCUAUAAGCCCUGACCUUGUGGUUUGGGGAGCUGGGAAAUAGUGCCAUUCUGGUGGAUAAGGUCUCUGCAUCAGAAAGGAAACUGAGGCAGGGUUGGGGUUGGUAGGGUGGUCUUUGUAGUGAUUUGCCCAAUAUCAAGCAGGCAGUAUGAAGGGACACCUGACCCCCAUUAGCCACAUGAUUAAGAGAAGCUCUUAAUCACUGGCAGGCCUUGGGUAAGGGCUCUGAUGUCAGCCCCUUAGUCUGCCGCCCCCGCUCUUUGCCUCCCAGAGUAGCUACCCAGCCAAGGACAGGGCCACCUGCCUACCUGCUGGGCCUGGGUGCUGCUUGGGCUGGUGCCUUUGCCUCUGGCCCCCAUACACUUACUGAAGCCAGCCCAGCAUGCUGGGUACCGCGGUCCUACUGCUGGCCCUGUUUCCAAGGAUCUCCACCUUGCCAAGCUGGCCACCUGGUACGUAGGGACAGGGAGACAUAUAUGUCUUCAUGCUCCCAUUCUUGCACCA